AUGGCCAGCUUCAUCGCCAAACUCCUAGGCCUCUCAGCCUACACCGGCCUCGUCGCAGUAACCCUGCCACAUCUACAAAACCUCAACAUCACAAGCGCCCUCGACGUCAUCCCAUUCAACACCAAAAACCCACAACCCCUCACAAACGACACCCUCCCGCCGCAAGAGGACCCCCAGCUCGCGAAGUUCACCUGCCUCCCCCAAAACUACACCACCCAAAUCGUCUCCCUCGACCCCCUCGUGAUCUACAUCCACAACUUCCUCAACCUCGACCGCGACAUCCCCGCCCUCCUCGAGGCCGGCGAGCCCGCCUUCAAACCCUCCCACGUCUACAAAAACGGCCGCACCCAGGGGACCCCCGACCGCACCUCCUCGUCCGCCGGCCUGCCCCUCGACGCCCCCGUCGUGCAGUGCGUCCUCGCCCGCGCCGAGGCCUUCAUGGGCACCAUGCUGGCCCCCGGGCGCGACGAGAUCGGCGCGCCGCAGCUGGUGCGGUACACGACCGGCCAGCGGUUCAACGUCCACCAUGACUGGUACGACGACUUUCAGCCGGACGUCGCGACGCGUCGGCGGCGGCGGUGGAACCGGAUCGCGAGCUUCUUUGCGAUUCUGGAGGACGGGUGCACUGAGGGCGAGACGUGGUUUCCGAAGAUCGAGGCGGUGGCGCCGCAGGACCUGGCCGGGGAGAGGUUGUGGAGGAGGCACGAGGACGGGGGUAUCGCGUUUCGGCCGGUGAGGGGGAAUGCUUUGUUCUGGGUGAAUUUGUUUCCGAACGGGACGGGGGAUCCGAGGACGGUGCAUGCUGGGUUGCCUUUGGGGGAUGGGUUGAAGACGGCGAUGAAUAUUUGGCCGAAGAGGUUUGUCGGCCCUGAGGCUUGGGGACCCGAAGAGAAAGCGGGCGGUGGUGUUGAGGGUGUUGUUGAUGAUGCUGAGGUUGAUCCUGUGUAG